AUGGAUGCUCAUCGUUCGAUCGAAGAUUAUCAGCAUUUCCUAGUGGAACUGUACGAGACCCUCGAGCAACAGCUGGAUGAAGCCAAGAAAUCAGCUGAAGUCCAGCAGGAAGCAAUGGCCCGGAGACAUCAUUUUACGUUGAAAACUGUGGAGGGACCUCUUCUCACCAUCUGUCUGUCAUCCGACAGUAGCGUCUUGCGUAUAGCUACCCAGGAUGACGAAUUUGACUUGAUUUCGGCAAAGCGGACCCAGUAA